AUGCUCAACAACGAUAAUAGUCAUUGUAUCUCUGUUUGUUUGAAAGUGAGCUCUGUAGAAACCGAUAGAGUAUCCAUUAUAAUAUCUUCCGACAUCACUUUUGAUCAAUUGAUGAAAGAAAUUAAAGACGCCUUCCAAGACACAAUUCCCAGCUCUUCCAAAACUCGGAUCAAAUAUUUCAAUGUGUACACAGGGUUUAAAUCCUCUAUUUUGAAUGACAAAACUCUUCAACCGUUUUUCAAGCAGUUAUGUGAUUCGAAUGUGGAAAAUGAAAAAAAGGAGCUCGUUUUCGAAGUGACAACUUUUGACGAUGGUUCAAAGAGUUUGAUCAACACUAGCUUUGAAGAAUCAGGUUUAUCUUCCAACAAUGCAACAUUUUCCCAAAAAGUUGAACUCUUUUCACAAUAUUCAAAUUCUCACUCGCUUACCAAAAGAUAUGAUCCAAUAUAUAUUGUCGACACUGAAGAGAAACCUCUCUCUUUGUACGAAAAAAACCAAGCUGAAGAGUAUUUGAAAGAGAAAUAUUCAUCUCUGAAUUUUAUUUGUUCGGGAUCUUUUGGUUCAGUAUAUUCCGUUGUGAGAAAAGAUAACAAUGAACAAAGGGCAAUCAAAAUUAUGAAAGUAGACGAUCAUGAACAGCCUUUACAAGAGUUUUCAAAGAUGAAAAAAUUGAGUCACCAUGAAAACAUUGUGAAGUGUUUUGAUAUAUUUGUGGCUGGUAGUACAAGAGUAAUCGUAAUCGAGAUGGAAUUGAUGUCAGGAUCUCUUUAUGACAUUGUUAUCCAGAAAGGAAUUAAAUUACCAGAAAAUAUGAUCCUUGAAAUUUUACGUCAGCUCUGUAAUGCUUUGCUAGUGAUUCAAGAGCAAAAUAUUAUCCAUAGAGACAUCAAACCACAAAAUAUUCUCUUGAGAAAAUUUGAUCUUGAUAAGAAUGAAAUUGUUAUUGGAUUAGGAGAUUUUGGUUUGGCAAAAAAUUCAUCUUCUAUCAAAUCAUCCUCGCUUGCCGGAACAGCAAACUAUAUUGCUCCUGAACUCGUACAAAAUAACAAUAAUAGUCCUCCAUUUUCAUUUGCAAGCGACAUGUUUGCUCUUGGAGUGACUUUGUAUCAAUUAAUGAGCUUGGAAAAACAUGUUGUUUCAUGGUCAAGCUUACUAAUGGCACACAAUAUUAAUCCAAAUUUUAUUCAACAACAAAUCAAGGUCAACAUGAAGGGAAUUUAUUCUGAUUCGUUAGUGAAAAUAGUUGAAUCUAUGUUGAAAUUUUUACCAGAACAAAGAAUUACAGUCUCAAAAAUUUUGCAAAAACUAUCAACAACGGAAAAUCAAUCUCUUGAAAGUCAAACUUUCGAGUUGAGCAAAAUGACACAAGACCUCGCACAUCAAGGAUAUGCUGAAGCACAGAAUAACCUUGGACACAUGUAUGAACAUGGAAUCGGAGUCCCACAAAAUUAUUCCAAAGCAUUGGAAUGGUAUCAAAAAUCAGCAAAUCAAGGAGAUGCUAAAGCACAGUACAACCUUGGGUGCAUGUAUCGUAAUGGUCGAGGUGUCGUUCAAGAUUACUCUAAAGCAUUUGAAUGGUAUCAAAAAUCAGCAAAUCAAGGAGAUGCUGACGCACAAUAUUACCUUGGAUGGAUGUAUUAUCGUGGAGAAGGUAUUUCACAAGAUUACUCCAAAGCAUUUCAAUGGUUUCAACAAGCUGCCAAUCAAGGAAAUGCUCAAGGACAGCAUAGUCUUGCAUGGAUGUAUCAUAAUGGAAUGGGUGUUCCGAAUAAUUUUUCAAAAGCCAAAAAAUUGUACCUAAAAGCAGCGAAUCAAGGAAUUGCUAUCGCAAAGACACAUAUUGGAUGGAUGUAUUAUCAUGGAAAAGGUACUCCACAAGAUUAUUCCAAAGCAUUUGAAUGGUUUCAACAAGCUGCAAAUCAAGGAGAAGCUCAUGCUCAGUACUACCUUGGAUUCAUGUAUGAAAUGGGUCAAGGUGUUCCAGAAGAUUGUUCCAAAGCAUUGGAAUGGUAUCAAAAAUCAGCAAAUCAAGGAGAUAGUGAAGCACAAAAUAAGCUUGGAUGGAUGUAUUAUCAUGGACAUGGUGUUCCACAAGAUUAUUCCAAAGCAUUUGAAUGGUUUCAAAAAGCAGCCAAUCAAGGAAAUGCUCAUGCCGAACAUAGUCUUGGACAUGUAUGA